GGGCACGGACGGUGGUGGCAGCUGCAGCUGCCGCAGUCAUCCGUCUCGGGGCUUGCGUCGGAGGGGAGCAGCGGCCCGAGGGGGACAGCGUUAGCCCCAGAAGGCAGCUGCCCCGACAGGUAGGAACGACCUCUCCGCAGACCCGGCUCGAAGAUCUCGGCCUCUCUGCUCCAGGUCUCUAGCCGAGGCCAUGGCUCCCGAGGCAAGCCCGGAGAGAAGCUGCUCCCUCCACAGCUGCCCCCUUGAGGACCCUGCGGGCUCAUCCGUACCUGCGCCAACAGUUUCCACCCUUCAGGGCGUAGACCCGACCAGUCCCUUAGCGCCUGGCCAUUUUGCCUAUCCUCGAGCACCGCAAGAGUAUCAAGAAGGCAGUUCGCUACUAGGACUCGGAGACCAAGCAGCCUUGUGCACCCAUGGCUCCAACUUCAGCACUUCCUCAGACCCCUCACAGCAUAACGGGGCCUGGAAGCCACCUGUGCCGCACCAUGUGGUCAGCGUCAGGCAGGAACGGGCUUUCCGGAUGCCAAAGAGCUAUUCCCAGCUGAUUGCUGAGUGGCCAAUGGCUGUAUUGAUGCUCUGCCUGGCUAUCAUGCUGCUCUGCACCCUGGCUGGACUGUUGGGAAGCCAGAUGCCUGACUUCUCCGAGCCUUUACUGGGUUUUGAACCUCGCGAUACAGACAUCGGGCGAAAGUUAGAGGUCUGGAAAGCACUACAGGCCCUCACAGGCCCCAAGAAGCUGCUUUCCCUUGCCCCAGACCCUGACAUAAACAGCUCCACCUUCCACAGCACCCUGAGUCCGGCAGCCUGGGGCAGGGCCCAGGAGAGUGUGGUUCGGGUCCGGAGAAUGGUGGAGCCCCCAGAAGACAACGGGCAGGAGAACUUCUUCUGUGGCCCCCCUGAGAAAAGCCAUGCCAAACUGGUGUUCGUGUCCACCUCCGGGGGAAGCCUGUGGAACCUGCAUGCCAUCCAUUCCAUGUGUCGCAUAGAACAGGAGCAGAUCCGCUCUCAUACCAGCUUUGGGGCUCUGUGCCAGCGUAAUGCAGCCAAUGAGUGCUGCCCCAGCUGGUCCCUGGGCAACUAUCUGGCUGUGCUGUCCAACCGCUCCUCCUGCCUGGACACUACCCCAGCUGACGCAGCCCGCACACUAGCCCUGCUUCGGUCCUGUGCCCCCUACUACCAUCGUGGUGUCCUGGCACCCCCUUGUCUGGGAUCUGGGCAGAACAAGCCCACGUACUGUGCCCAGGUUCCCACCAAGUGCUCCCGGAGCAGUGCUGUCUACCAACUCCUGCACUUCCUGCUAGACAGGGACUUUCUUAGUCCCCAGACUGCUGACUAUCAGGUCCCCUCCCUCAAAUUCAGCCUGCUAUUUUUGCCCAUUCUAAAGAGUGACUCCAUGCUAGACAUCUACCUGGACGGCCUAGUCGAUCCAAAGGAGGUCUCUGAUAACUACACGUCCAUCUCUGGCAUGGACUUGGGCCUCAAACAGAAGCUACUGAAACACUACCUUGCCGUGGAUACGGUGUACCCCUUGCUGGCCCUGGUUGCCAUCUUUUUCAGCAUCGCCCUUUACCUGCGGUCGCUCUUCAUCACAUUCACGGUGCUACUGGGGGUGCUGGGCUCCCUAAUGGUGGCCUUCUUUCUUUACCACGUGGCCUUCCGCAUGGCCUACUUCCCCUUCGUGAAUCUAGCGGCCCUCGUUUUGCUUAGUGGCGUCUGUGUCAAUCACACCCUCAUCUUCUUCGACCUGUGGCGCCUCAGCAAGAGCCAGGUGCCCUCCGGGGGCCUGGCACAGCGCGUGGGGCGCACCAUGCACCAUUUCGGUUACCUGCUUCUGGUCUCAGGCCUCACCACCGGCGCCGCCUUCUACGGCAGCUACCUGAGCCGCCUGCCAACGGUGCGCUGCUUCGCCCUCUUCAUGGGCACGGCCGUGCUAGUGCACAUGGGCUUCACGCUGGUCUGGUUACCCGCCUCGGCGGUGAUCCACGAGAGGUACCUGGCGCGCGGUUGUGUGCCCAGGGCGCCCGGCCCGAGGGGCGCCAGUGACCCCUGGCGGUUCUUGCUGGCUUUGCACCGGCGGCUCCGCGGCCUGCGGAGGGCCGCUGCUAUCCUGUCGCGCCUGCUGUUCCAGCGCCUGCUGCCCUGCGGCGUCAUUAAGUUUCGCUACAUCUGGAUCUGCUGGUUUGCUGCGUUGGCGGCAGGGGGCGCCUACAUUGGCGGCGUCAGUCCCCGCCUGCAGCUGCCCAUCCUGCUGCCCCUUGGCGGCCAGGUCUUCCGGCCUAGCCACCCCUUUGAGCGCUUUGACGCAGAGUACCGCCAGCAGUUCCUGUUCGAGCAGCUGGCCCCAGACGAGGGCGGCCACUUACCAGUGGUUUUAGUGUGGGGAAUCCUGCCAGUGGACACUAGUGACCCCCUGGACCCUCGCAGCAACAGCUCAGUGGUGAGCGACCCUGACUUCUCGGCUAGCAGCCCGGAAGCCCAAAGCUGGCUUCUGGCACUGUGCCAACGAGCCCGGAAUCAGAGCUUCUUUGGUGGCCAGCCACCGGGCUGGCCCACGCUGUGUUUCAUGGAGGCCCUCCAGCAGUGGAUGGAGAGCCCCAGCUGCUCCCGCCUGGGGCCUAACGUCUGCUGCGGCCAGUCAGACUUCCCCUGGGCCCCUCAGCUUUUCCUGCACUGCCUCAAGAUGAUGGCUCUGGACCAAGGACCGGAUGGCACCCAUGACCUGGGACUCCGCUUUGAUGCCCACGGCAACCUGGCUGCCCUGGUCCUGCAGUUCCAAACCAACUUCCCCUACAGCCCAGAGUACAGCCAGGUCCACCAUUUCUACACUGAGGUUAGCCGCUGGCUGGCAACUGAGCUAGGCAGGGCGCCUCCGGGCCUCCACCGAGGCUGGUUCACCAGCCGCCUGGAGCUCUACAGCCUGCAGCACAGCCUGAGCACUGAGCCUGCCGUGGUGCUGGGGCUGGCUCUGGCUCUGGCCUUUGCUACACUGCUGCUGGGCACCUGGAAUGUCCCCCUCAGCUUGUUUUCUGUGGCAACUGUGGCUGGCACCGUACUGCUUACUGUGGGCUUGCUGGUUCUACUUGAGUGGCAGCUUAACACUGCCGAGGCGCUCUUCCUCUCUGCGUCCGUGGGCCUCUCGGUAGACUUCACCAUCAACUACUGCAUCUCGUAUCACCUGUGCCCGCACCCUGACCGCCUGAGCCGCGUGGCCUUCUCACUGCGCCAGACCAGCCGGGCCACAGCAGUGGGGACUGCAGCGCUCUUUGCCUCCGGGGUGCUCAUGCUGCCUUCCACAGUGCUGCUGUACCGCAAGCUGGGCAUCAUCCUCAUGAUGGUGAAGUUUGUCAGCUGUGGCUUUGCCAGCUUUUUCUUCCAAUCUCUGUGCUGUUUCUUUGGGCCAGAGAAGAACUGCGGGCAGAUCCUGUGGCCCUGUGCCCACCUGCCAUGGGAUGCCGGAGUUGAGGAGCCCGACGAGAAGGCAAGACCGGGGGGCCCUGGGUCCUGCUCCGAGCAUUACGAGCUGCAGCCCCUAGCCCGACGCCGGAGUCCCAGCUUUGACACCAGCACGGCCACCAGCAAACUGUCCCACCGGCCUUCCGUACUGUCGGAGGAUCUGCAGCUGCAUGAUGGCAACUGCUGCGCUCGUCACCCACCAGCCCCGGCCUCCCCAAGGGAUCUGCUCCUGGACCACCAGGCAGUCUUCAGCCAGUGCCCAGCCCUGCAGACCUCCUCUCCCUAUAAGCAGGCAGGCUCCAGCCCCCAAGCCUGGAUCAGGCAGGAUUCCCAGGGGCAGAAACCUGAGACCCUGCAGACGUCGCCAGAAGCCCCCACCCACCUCCCAAAGACCAAGGUUGAAGAGCUCCCCGAUGGCCUCUGCUCCUCCAUCAGCACCCUGGAAGGGCUCAGCGUCUCUGACGACACCUGCCUAAGCACCUCUGAACCCAGUGCCCGUGUGCCAGAUUCCACCGGUGCCUCCCCAGAAGACCUGGAUGAGGCCGGACAACCAAUACUUGAGCGGGGUCAGCUUAAUGGGAAGCGUGACACCCUGUGGCUGGCCCUGAAGGAGACGGUCUAUGACCCAACUCUGCCCAACUCCCACCACAGCAGCUCCUCCUGGAAGGGCCGUGGAGGGCCAGGCGAUGGUAGCCCGGUGGUGCUGCCCAACAGUCAGCCAGAUCUGCCAGAUGUUUGGCUCCGCAGGCCCAGCACCCACACCUCAGGCUACAGCAGCUGAAGGAGGCCAAGAGAGGCCAGACCACAGUGUAGAACCCCUGUCAAUGAUGAAAAAGGCAGGGACACUACCAGCCUAGAGCCUGAGGGUGUUUCUCCAAAGCAACAUGACAUCUCAUCCUCCAGCUGUGGGUUUAAACCCCUGCCAGAUGUGCCAGCCUUGAUUUCUCUGCUACUUACCCCUACAUCUGGAAAAGUCAGCGGGGAGGGCUUUUGCAAGGGAAUACCAGGCUCUUCUUGUGAACCCCCCCCCCAGGGCUCAUCUUCCCUCACAAUGUCGACAAGGACCCCUCCUCGGGAAAGAGGAGAGGCCAGAUGUGCAGCUCCAGGUAUCCGGGAGGGCUGAUCAGCUCUCUCCCAGGUGACAAGAAGUUCAGUGACACUAAGGUACUCCAUCUUGGGGGUCCUAAUGGGGUACCUCACUGACCAGAAAAGCCCUUGAGAACCUCCUCAGUCUCCUAAAUCCCUCUCCAGUUGACUCUUCAUGAGGACAGAUUUCACCCUGUGGAUCUUCUCUGGGCUGGAACUGGGCUGCAGCCUCCAUCCUGCAGUGCUCUGCUCACACCAUUCUCAUCAGUGUGACUGGCAGUUCCCGGGGGCAGGGCACCACUGGCUGCUGGGAGUGAAGCCGGAGGAGGCAGGAAGGUCAGCCUUGGAGCAUCCCCAAACUAAAGAUUUCCUCAUAGGAAGGUGGGCUUCAUUAAUGAACUCUAGUAGUCCAUUUCCAUCUCUGCACCUGCUAAGUCGCCUUGUAAUCUUGUGACUUCACUACAGAGUGUCCUGCAGCUGGUCAGGUUCUCUUACCCCACUUUAAAGGUAAAGACAUUGAAACUAAGUAAGUUUGAUUAUCCAAAGCUACUUUGCUGGUCAGUGGCAGAGUGAUUCCCUGACUCGUUCUCCUGGCUACCUUGGCCCCUGGUUUCGGGGCCUUGGCCCCUGCUGUCUUGAUCCUUUGCUUCUGGCACUGUCAUCCAAUCUCCCUUCUUGAGUGUCUCUGUGUAAACCCUGCCUCCCCUUUGGGCCUCCACCCCAGAAUGAGCUAUACUCUGAGUAGACCGCAGAGUUCUUCCUUGUCUCCCCUGUGUAUCCUUCUGGAAUUAUGAGAAUCUAGUAGCAAUGGGACCUCCCAAUAUAAAAUAAUGGCUGGUCAGAUUCUUAGGCUUCAAGGACAUGCCUCUUUUAUGACCACAGUGUACACAAGUUUUAUCAAGAGAGGUAAUGAGGGACAGAAGAGGUUGAAUUGAAUCCACGUGAGAUACGACCUGAGACCUGUCCUUUUUGGGGAGUGUGUGAGGCUGGAGCUGCUCUAGGUCACAGACCUGGUUUUUAAAGCAUACAUCUCUCUGUUGGGGCACUCUGGUUUUCUUUCCCCAAAGCAAAGAGUCUGUCCUGAGGUUUUAGCCCCACGUGACAGUGCAUGACACUAGGUAGCAUCAGCAGUGCGCUUUGCUGAUGGUAUUGCGAGGAGCAGCUGUGCAAAAGCAAAACCAAACACCUGUCCCUGAAGAGCUUAGCUUCUAGCUGGGGAAGCUGCUUACACACACAGGCUGGCGUCCCACGAGUCUGCCACUGUUGCUAGAGCUCGGGUUCCCAGGGCCAGAUGAUCAGGAAGGCUAUAGUUUGAGCUGAGUUUCAGAAAAGCAAACAUGUGAGACUGGAAGGGGCAUGGUAACCAGCAGUUACCAAACAUUAUAGGCUAAAGACCUUCGUUCAAAGAACCCUUAUGUGCAAAUCCAGUGUGUCAAAUAGAUAAAAAGCAGCUCCUGAGAUGGAUGUAGGAUGGAAACAGAACAGGCUUGGUUUCCCCUCCAGAGGAGUGCAGCUCUCUGGGGACCCAGUUUCCCCGUACCUCAGCCUGGCAUGAAACCACAGAGCUAGAUCAUUUUAUGUAUGAGUAUUAGAGAAGCAAAAGAAUUUUACAGGGCCAGUCUGUGGCAAAGCUAGAGGCAAGUUACAGGCUCUUUUUGUUUUAUUUUGUUGUGUUCUCAUGUUAUUGAGACCUACCUCCCACCCUCAAACAGACCAGGACAAGUGGAGCUGAAACCAAAAUAUGACAUAAGUAUAUGAUAAAGGCAGAACACAGUUGUCCCUCAGUGUCGGUGGAGGAUUGAUUCCAGGACCAUCCCACCCCCAUGGCCCAGGAUACCAAAACCCAAGGAUGCUCAAGUCCUUUGUGUAAAAGUGUGUAGUAUUUGCAUAUAACUGAUACAUAUCCUUCCGUAUACUUCAGACCAUCUCUAGAUGACUUAUAAUACCUACUAUGAUGUAAAUGCUAUGUCAGUCGUUGUUACACUGUGUUGUUGUUGUAAUAAUGACAAGAAACAAUAUGUAUGUGUUCA